AGACAGCACAAUCUCUGUUGUAAAAGGUCAGCUAUACCUUUCCUCCUGGCUCUGACCAAGUUCCCUCUCCACAGCUGGGUCAGCUUUACUUCAAAGGGAGGAGGACUUUGCUGCCCGUGCACAGGUGUCUGGGGACAGAUGGAGGCUGUGGGUUACUUACUAUGCAGGAUCUGGCUGCUUUUCUUGCUGUUCUGGCUGGGACAAGGGAGGCAGAUGGCUCCCCCAGGUUUUGUAGAGAGCAGUUGCCGUUCCAGGAUUUUUUGGAUGAAACUAAAUAACCUCUUGCUCCAGGGAAAGUUCUUCCAGCUGGAAAUCAAUGAUCCUUAUGCUGGCCCCGUUCUGCUGGAUGAGAAACUAGCAUCUCGCUGUGGCUAUGUCCUGUCAGAAGACGUGUGGGGCAACCCCGUCUUCCGCGCGUCAGUGCUUGGCUGUCAUGUGGCCAACGAGGCAGAUGAGCUGUUUUCACUGACUGUGAACAUCAAGAUCUCCUCAUUUUCAAGCAUGAGGGCAGCUGUGACCUACACCUACCCUAUGUACUGCUCCUACUCUUCCUGGGCUUCAAGAGAAAUUGUAUGUGAAGAAAACUACAUGGAGGUGUCAGUGAAGACUGAUGUCCCUGCAGUUUCAAAUGACUACACCGUAGCGUGGAUGUCAGCCCUGCCAGAGACUCAAAAUGUUGCAUACCAGCUAUGGCAACUGAUGUUUGUUUCUCCAUCAGGGAGAAAAAGAAUAAUGGUAAGCGAUGCAGCAAAACUGGGCUACAGCUUCAAUAAUACGCUGUCCCGAGUGUACCUCCGUGCGCCCUAUCACAGCAACGAGUCUCACGUCAGCGUGGUCAGUGGUGUAAAUAUGAACAUGGUCACUUCUACUUCCAUGUACAGGCAGCGGUGGCUGCUUUUGCUGAUUGACACAACUGUAUCCUGUCCUGUUGAUGGCAUCAGUUUCACUGACACUACACUAACAUGGACUGUGCCAAGUGUUAUCCCCACAUUAGUGGUUCAAGAAUCCACCUUUCUGUCUAAAAACAUUUUAAUGGGAGUCGAUGAUCAAGUCAUAGUACACCCGGAGGAGAAGAACUACUUACUGGAGCACAAUGAGACACACAUCAGAAUAACUAUCCCUAUUGGAGCAGAAGGAGGCAAGCUAAAGAGCUCCAUAUCUGGUGGUGUAUAUGGAGUCAUCUACAGUAUUGACUUGUUUUUGGAGCACACGUGGACAGAUGCAGAUUGGCAAACCACGAAGUAUACUGUCAUCAAAUCCAUCACCACACCUUUCAUGCCACAAAUACCAACAGUUAUCAACAAUACUCUGCCAGAGGAAAGGCUAUUUAAUGUUGCAUUUGGACACUUUCUUUCCGAUGUCUCUCUGGUGGCAAUCGCAAUAGGAAAUGUGCCAUUUACCCUGAGGGAAGCACAGCACCAGGGGUUUAAGAUUUAUGAAACUCCCUUUUCUAAUAGAACGAAAGGAUUUAUCCUGGAAGUCUCUUUUGAUGAUUCAUAUGUUCUAAAGGAGUAUGUGAAUAGAAAUGAAACAAAAUAUACCCUCCUCGUUAACUACACUAUGAGCGUGGGUCCGGAGAUGACACUCUAUUAUCAUUCAGCAGAGGUGGAAUGUGUGAUUGCUGAUAUCGAACUACCAGAAGCAGUUGGUUACUGUGAUGAAGAAAAUCUGUAUCUAGCCAUCCCUACUUUUGGCUUGCACCAGUAUUGGAACCUGUAUCUUCAUAACAAGCUCCUGAACCGGCACGUUGCACUUACCAAUGGGUAUCUUGCAGUUACCAAUUCUACACACUUGAUCUUGCAAAUACCUCUGUUCGCUGUGGGAGUUAUCUAUGAGGUACAUGAACUGUAUAGCAAUGCCUUCUUUAAAGCACCUCGUGAGAAGAUUCAAUUUUUAAUGAGCUUCCCAUAUGCACAGUUUGAAGGUGAUCACAUUAUUUAUGAAAAUGAAAUCUCUUAUGAAAAGGAGACUCUUCCAGGACAGAGCAUACCGACAAUCACAAGAGAUCCAGACUACAGACUAACAGUCUUGUGCUACUAUCGAGCAAAAGAGACCCUAGUGCUAGGUGCCUUCGCUAGUGAUCCGUCCACAUCACCUCCCUUUGGCUCCGGUACGAUGGUACCAAGAUCAAAUAUUGCAGAUGAAUCUUUCACGGAAUUCUAUGAGCCCAACAUGGCAAUACUCAAGCGACCUGUGGAGCCUGUGUUUCUCGAGGUGGAGCUGAAAGACGAGAGCCCCAGCACUGAGUUAUACCUGGAAAACUGCUGGGUAACCAGGUCUUUAGACUUCAACAGCACCCCAAGAUGGAACAUCACUGUGGAUGGGCAAGUAGUUAUUGAAUGA